AUGAGCGGCGAGAUUGAUGCCGUUUACAUAUAUGACGAGCAAAACGUUCCUAUCGUCGAACAUGUAUAUCGAUCCCGCCCGCCCUCGGCCUCCGCCAUCCUGCCCCUCUACCUUGCUCAUGCCGAGCCACGCCCUUCCUUGCUGUACAUCCCUAGCGCUCUACCACCGGUGACGGUAUUUUCGACGGUUGAGUCGAAUUUGACAUUUCUUGCCAUAAGCGAAGUCGAUACGGAGCCGCUUUUGGCAUUGGAGUUCCUGCACCGCGUGAUUGAUGUACUCGAGGACUUUGUUGGAGCACCGCUGCUCACAACUAAGAUCCAGGCCAACUAUGAUGUUGUUGCACAGCUUCUCACUGAAAUGUGCGAUGGGGGAAUAGUAUGUAAUACCGAACCCAAUGCAUUGCAGGAGGUUGUUGAAGUUCCCGGUUGGAUGGGGAAGCUGCUAGGUGGAAUUGGAGUACCUGGCACAUCUUCGCCAGCGCUAGGAUCUACGAAUCCUCUCAAGCAAUCUCUCGCCGCCGCAAGUGCAUCACAAGGACCCGCCAUUCCUUGGCGACGCCCCGGUGUACGGCAUACCUCGAAUGAGCUAUAUGUCGACAUCAUUGAAUCUCUCUCUGUUACUAUGGCUCCUUCGGGGCGACUCCUGUCUGCUUUGGUAUCUGGAACCAUCGCAUUUACGGCGAAGAUAUCGGGAGUCCCGGACCUACAGCUAUCGUUAUCAGCUCCUGGUGGUCAGCAUGUUCUUGCUCGCAAGAUCGAACUUCCAGUUUUUCACCCGUGUGUUCGACUGGCUCGAUGGAAGGAGCGGCCGGGCGAGCUCAGCUUCAUACCCCCCGAUGGGCGGUUUAUCUUGGCUGGAUAUGAAGUGGAUCUUCUUCCCAUAGAUCCCGACCUGGAUGAGCCACCAAGCCAUAUGGAAAAGCUUUUCCUACCUGCUAUCGUGGAUAUCCGUAAAUCGCUAGGAUCAUCUGGAUCCGAAUUUGAGGUUCGGCUGACUUUGAACACAAAUUUCCCGGGCCAAAGCUCAUCCUCGCGGCCUGGAGCUACCCGAGGCGGAUCCGGUACAUCAACACCGUCGUUCUUAGGUGGCGGAAGUGGAAGCUCCGGGCCGGCACUUGAAGAGGUUGUGGUUAGCGUACCGAUCUCAAAGUCCGUCCGCCAUAUCACGGACAUGCAGGCCAGCCGUGGUGAUGCUCAAUUCUCCCCCGCAAGCGGGCUUCUCGAAUGGCGGGUUCCCACUGGCAAGGAUGCCGGAACAUUGACCGGUACUGCCACACUGCGUUGCAGUGUUUCAGGCUAUCCAUCCGCUGAUGAUGACCUCGACGGCAGCGUCGAGGAUGCUGACGAAGAUGCCAAUGCCAACCUCUUGCAAGGUUACUACGAGGCUCCUACCUCCUACAACGAUGCAACCGCCACUACAUCAAAGAAGCCUCGUUCCUCCGACCCCUCUAAACGUAAAAAGAAGAAGAAGAAGUCCACAAAGAAAUCCUCCCGCUCCGCUGCCUUACAAUCAGAAGACGCGGAAGAAGACCCCAUUGCAGCUGCAGCUCCAUCCCCAAAUCCUUCUAUACCUCACACCCCCACACCUCCACCCCAAUCACAAUCACAAUCACACUCACAAUCACACUCACAAUCCCAGGAUAAUGCCCACCUCCCCGCAUUCUUCGCCCCAUCAUCUACAUCCCGCCCCACGCGCAGAACCAAAGCCCAGGCCAAUGCAAGUCUAAUGCCCAACUCGGCGUCUGUAUCCUUCUCCGUGCGAGGCUGGCUUCCCUCUGGUAUCAAGGUGGAAAGUCUCAACAUCGACCAGCGUCGCAGUCGUGGUUUAGGCGAGGGUGUCAAGCCAUACAAGGGUGUCAAAUACUUGUGCGUGAGCAACCGCGGCGUGGAGCGGCGCUGCUGA